AUGGCCACCAACCCCCCUCCCACCGCCACCGGCUCCAGCAAGGUCGAUGCCGCGAAGGCUAAGCUCGCGGCCGCUGACCCUACCGCUCCCACUGGCCUUGACCUGUACUCGCGAUUCGCUUUCGCCGGUGCCGUCUGCUGCUCCGUCACCCACGGAGCCCUCACACCCGUCGAUGUCGUCAAGACCAGGAUUCAGCUUGACCCCGUCACCUACAACACCGGUCUGAUCGGUGGCUUCAGGAAGACCAUCGCCAAUGAGGGUAUGGGCGCCGUCUGGACCGGUUUCGGUCCCACCGCUGCCGGUUACUUCCUCCAGGGUGCCUUCAAGUUCGGAGGUUACGAGUUCUUCAAGCAGCAGUCCAUCAACCUCGUCGGUUACGAGACCGCUGCCAACAACCGUACUGCCGUCUACCUCGCCUCUGCUGCCGUCGCCGAGUUCUUCGCCGAUGUCGCCCUCUGCCCUCUUGAGGCUACCCGUAUCCGUCUCGUCGGUGACCCAACCUUCGCCAACGGUCUCGUUGGUGGAUUCUCCAAGAUCCUGAAGAACGAGGGUGUCGGUGCCUUCUACUCUGGUUUCGGACCUAUCCUGUUCAAGCAGGUUCCCUACACCAUGGCCAAGUUCGCCGUCUUCGAGAAGGUCAACGAGGCCGUCUACUCCGUCGUCGACAAGAGCAAGACCUCCAACGGAAUGCAGACCGUCUACAAUUUGGGCUCUGGUAUCAUUGCCGGUUUCGCCGCCGCCAUCAUCUCCCAGCCUGCCGACACCAUGCUUUCCAGGAUUAACAAGACCAAGGGUCUUCCCGGAGAGGGAACCACCUCCCGUUUGAUCAAGAUCGCCAAGGAGCUUGGUCUCCGUGGUUCAUUCGGUGGUAUCGGUGCUCGUCUUUUCAUGGUUGGUACCCUGACUGCUGGUCAGUUCGCCAUCUACGGUGACAUCAAGAAGGCUCUUGGUGCUACCGGUGGUGUCGAAAUCGCCAAGACCAACUAA